AACCCCACCUUGGGUACCUCAGCUUAUGGGCGGGUGCAGACAGCGUGCAGCAACACUUGUGCGCAUGUUUCAUGUCUGGAUGGUGUAACGGCGCAGGUCUUCAUUGUAUGGGUUGAUGUUCAGCUGGAAGAAGCUGCAAAAUAAGAGGGAAUCGCGCAAAAUUUCGGAGACUCCGACAAAUCAGGUGGCAUCAUGAGCAAAGUGCAGGGUGGGAUGAAAUGCGUGAAAUAUCUGCUUUUCGCUUUCAACAUCAUCUUCUGGGUGUCGGGAUUGUUGGUGCUGGCGGUGGGACUAUGGCUUAGGUUUGACCCAAACACAGUGGACCUCCUGACAGGCGACGGCGCCCCCUACACCUUCUUCAUAGCUGUGUACAUCCUUCUUGGAGCCGGAGCAUUGAUGAUGGUCGUGGGGUUCUUAGGUUGUUUUGGGGCCAUGCGUGAGUCUCAGUGUCUUCUUGCAUUGUUCUUUGCUUGCCUUGUGAUAAUCUUUGGAGCAGAAGUCACUGCUGGUGUGUUUGGAUUCCUAAACAAGCAACAGAUUUCUGAGGAAGUCCAAAAGUUUUACAGUAGUGCCAUCGUUGACAGCAAUCCAAAUGGAACUGCAAUAGCAAUUAUUUACCAUAAAGCUCUGAACUGCUGUGGAGCUCCCACGCUGGACCCAAAAAGUGAGCUGUGUGUAGACCUUCCAGAUGACACCCAGGACUGUCUGACUGCGAUAACAGACUUCUUUGAUGAAAAGCUGUAUAUCAUUGGCUACAUAGGGAUUGGUAUUGCAGGAGUAAUGAUCAUUGGAAUGAUCUUCAGUAUGGUCCUGUGUUGUGCCAUCAGGAACAGCAGGGAGGUUAUAUAAUUGGUGAGCAGAAACCACUCCACCCCCCACCCCCACUGUCACCUGGUCAUAUGGUCAUACAGCCCUUCAUAAUCAACCUAUUUGCAUGAGAAGGGGAACCAAAGUUACAUUUCAAAGUCAUUUCUCUUAAUUCAAACAAAUGUGGUGGGGGAGGGUACGGCAAAGAGAGAACAAUAGAACCCAUUCUCCCACUUAUCCACGGACCACAUUCAACACGAUACGCUGGAUCGUUAACGUCACACCUUCUUCUUGAGUUCGCCAGCACUGAACUCAAAUUCGUUUCCCUGUUCUUUUCCAUAAUAGUGCUUUGCUUUUAGCUCGGCUCUGUGACAUUCCUCCCUUUUAACAUGUCUUUGUUAGACUGCUGGUGCUCCGCAAAGGCCAAAGUGCUGCAGGUACAGAAGCAACACAGCACACAAAGCCUUCUUUGACACAGGAAUGUUGUAACUGGGGAGUAUUGCUGUAAAUAUGGACUCUUAUUUUCACUUUGUGUGCUUUAGUGUUUUGAGGACUAGCCUACCUUUGCAGAGUAAAUUUGCAGAGUAAAAUUCCGUUUUGUGCCUAUUUAUUUAGUUACGGUCAAGCCUCCUACUACUGGACUGUUUGCCUAUAUCUUGUGAUUUGAAUAUGUGCUCUGCACCUGUGCUUGCUUCCUGCCACCACUUUCAAGUAUUUCUCUUGUAAAGCACAAUAGUGUAGACAUGUUAUGAAGCCAAAGGGUUAGGAUGGUCUUAUGAUAAACUGCCCUGUUGUAAAUCUCCAAAUUCAUCUGAAAGCUAAAUAACACUUUGUGCUGACUUCUUCUGGAGCAUGUUUGGGCUAAAACACUGAGCUAGUUUGCAUUUUGUGUGGAUUAUUGUGGAUGUAAAUUUUUUUUUUUUUUUUUUUUUUUGGUGUGCCAAUAAGAUGUGAAUUUAUAGAAUAAUAUAGUUUGUCAUACUGUUAACCGUAAUAAAAACACUGGGUGCUUUUAUUGA